AUGCACAGCUACGCUUCGCUGCUGUGUCUGUUUGUCGGGUAUGUGCCCUGGUCGCCAUGGGGUUUCAUCCACGGCGCGGUAGCGUUCCAAGCCGACCCGAUUGGCAUGCGGUAUGAGGCGGCGGAGGCAGGGGAGGCGCUGUGGAUGGCUAAGCGGCAGGAUCUGCAGGUUACGCGGACUGGUGACGCUGAGCGGCCGUAUGGAGUUGAUGGGAAUACCUUUGAUUGCCAGAAGCAGUUAUCGAGCUGCAUGUCUGUAUCCUCGGUGCAGGCGACGGCGGCAGAUCCGGGCAGCGAUAAGCCCGCAAGUGGUACAGAGUCGGGACCUGCGUCUCAAACGACGAUUCCGUAUGAUGAUGAGUUCGAUCUUGUGUGUGAUUUGUGA